ACAGGGCGCUCGGCCACUCGGGCUGUGCAGUGUAGAGAAUCAGGACCUGUUGCAACUCGCCGCCCCCUGGUGACACGCUCGGCACCGCCCGGGAGGUGCGGCCAGCUCCCGCCCGCGCAGGUGCGCCUCCCUCCACCCGGCUUCCUGGGCGCCACCUUCGCAGCGGCGGCGGCGGCGGCGGCGGCGGUGGCGGUGACGGUGGUGGCGGGUACCUCUUGGCUCUGCACAGAUGAACAUUUGAAGGUACCAUCAUCAAACAUCUGCAACCAUGGAGACCUCAUCAAUGCUUUCCUCACUGAAUGAUGAGUGCAGAUCUGACAACUACAUCGAGCCACACUACAAGGAGUGGUACCGUGUGGCUGUUGACACUCUGAUUGAACAUGGUGUGGAGGCCUACCAAGAAUUCCUCAUCAAGGAGCGUGUGCCAGACUUUCUAGCUGAAGAAGAAAUUAAUUAUAUUUUGAAAAAUGUCCAGAAGUUUGCACAACAUACAGAGCGUGGUUCUGAUAAUUCCUGUGAUGAUGCCUCAUCUUCGGGGACUUAUUGGCCCAUGCAGUCUGACGUGGAAGCUCCAAAUCUUGAUUUAGGCUGGCCAUAUGUGAUGCCUGGACUCUUAGGGAGUACCCAUAUAGACCUCCUCUUUCAUCCACCGAGAGCACAUCUACUUACAAUAAAGGAAACUAUCCGGAAGAUGAUAAAAGAGGCAAGAAAGGUUGUUGCUAUAGUGAUGGAUGUAUUUACUGAUGUGGAUAUUUUCAAAGAAAUAGUAGAGGCAUCGACACGAGGGAUAUCUGUAUAUAUUUUGCUUGAUGAGUCCAAUUUUAAUCAUUUUCUAACUAUGACUGAAAAACAGGGUUGUCAAAUUCAACGUCUCAGGAACAUUCGAGUACGGACAGUAAAAGGCCAAGAUUAUCUUUCAAAAACAGGAGCAAAAUUCCAUGGGAAAAUGGAACAGAAAUUUUUGUUAGUUGACUGCCAGAAAGUGAUGUACGGUUCUUACAGCUACAUGUGGUCAUUUGAAAAGGCUCAUCUCAGCAUGGUUCAGAUAAUCACAGGACACCUUGUAGAGUUAUUUGAUGAAGAAUUCCGCACACUCUAUGCCAGGUCCUGUGUCCCAAGUUCUUUUGCUCAGGAAGAAACAGCAAGGGUGAAGCCAGGCAAAGCUCUGUGGGAGAAUGGCAUUUACCAGCGAUCCAUUUCUUCAUUAGCUUCUGUUUCCAGCCAAAGAAACCUUUUUGGUAGACAAGACCAAAUUCAUAAAAUAGACUCUAGUUACUUCAAAGGCAGAGGGAUAUAUCCCCUAAAUGAGCAUGACAAACACAGCAUGAGAAAUCAUGGAUACAAGCCUCAUUUUAUUCCAAACUUCAAUGGUCCAAAUGCAAUCCGUCACUUGCAACCCAGUCAGAUCAAUGAAAACUGGAAAAGGCAUAGUUAUGCUGGGGAACAACCAGAAACAACUCCGUAUCUGCUGCUCAACAGAGCUCUGAAUCGAACUAAUAAUGCACCUGGACACUGGAGAAGGCCUUCAGACAGUCUCAGUGUGGCAUCCUCAUUACGAGGAGGCCAGGCAAGCCAGACAAACAUACCUGCACAGAGUUUUGCUGAUCGGCUUGCUCAGAGAAAAACAACAAAUCUUGCAGAAAGGAAUUCAAAUGUGCGGAGAUCAUUUAACGGGACAGAUAAUCAUAUCCGCUCUCUACAGCAACGGAUGCCAACUCUGGAGAAUACCACCAAAUCUUUUCUGCGAAGCUGGAGAAUUGACUCCUACUUAAAUGAUAAUUCAGAGGUCCCAUCUGAUUCAAAUGGCUCCACCCUGGAUGACAGAUUUGAAGGCUGCGAUAGUCCCGAGAACGUGAAAGCCAAUGCGCUCUAUACUCAUUCAAGGCUUCGUUCCUCAUUUGUGUUUAAACCAACUUUACCUGAACAAAAAGAAGUCAACAGCUGUACAACUGGCUCCUCAAAUUCCACCAUCAUCGGAUCUCAAGGAAGUGAUACACAUGGUGAGGUCCAAGAGAGUUCAGCCAGUGCACUGCCCUUGACAGAAAAGCCCUUGCCUGAAUCAAUCCCCAAGCUCCCAGCACAGUCAGAAGUGCCAAAAAUGCACAGUUUGCAGGUUCCUGAAAAGUCACCAGCAAUCUCAAACCAAACAACAAACGGCCGAGCAGAUUUAAACAACUGUAUAUACACAAACCUGUGUGUAAAUAAGCAGAUGGAAAGCACAAAAACCAAGCCAAACGAGAACCUGCUCAAAAGGCGAAGUUUCCCGUACUUUGACCACUCAAAAGUCAAUUUAGAUCAUGGAAACAGCAAGAAUUAUGUGUAUAGUACCCUUACCAGAAAUCGGGUCAGACAACCGGAAAAACCCAAGGAGGACGUGCUGAAGGCUUCUAAAAGCAUGCACAAUGUGACCCACAGCACGGAUGAGGAGGAAGAGGAGGCUGUCAAGAGACACCCUCCAAGUAGCUCGGCCACCAAAUCUAUUUCCAUUGCCGCUUUGCUUGAAAUGAAUAAAGAGGACCCCAACAAAGAACUUACUUCUAAGAAGGACGUUAAAGGCUCCCCAAGCUUUUUGAAAAAGGGAUCUCAGAAGUUAAGGUCCUUACUUAGUCUCACUCCAGAAAAGAGAGAAAACCUGUCUAAGAACAAGGCGCCCGCGUUUUACAGGAUGUGUAGUAGUUCUGACACGUUGGUUUCUGAGGGUGAAGAGAAUCAGAAGCCCAAAAAAUCCGAGCCCCGAGUUGAUUCAUCUCCUAGAAGAAAGCGCUCAUCCUCGUCAAACUCUCAAGGCAGCAUCCACAAGAGCAAGGAGGACAUAGCAGUUACCACAUCUCCAGGGACAAAUUCCCAAGCAGAGGAAAGUAGGAGAACAGCGCCUUCUCCCAGCCCUGUUCAAAGGAGGUUUUCAGAGAGAGCAGGAGAUGCCUCUGCCCCAAGAUUUAACACAGAACAAAUCCAAUACCGUGAUUCCAAGGAGACCAGCGCAGUCAUUGCUCCUCAAAGACGGCCAACCUCUUCUCCAGUGCCAAAGUCCAGUGAGCUCCUGAGAUCGCAUUCAACCAACCAGCGAGUUUACAGUCGAUUUGAGCCAUUUUGUAAGAUUGAGAGCGCUAUUCAGCCAGCAAGCAGCAUGACAAACACACAUGUCAACCGCCCAGAAGUCAAACCCACAGCUACCGGCAGCAGCUAUGGCAGGUCCAGCCCCAUGCUGAAUUACAAGACUGGUGCUUAUCAUUCAUACUCCCCCAAUGAAAAUAAGUUCCGAGGAUUUAUGCAAAAGUUUGGAAACUUCAUCCACAAAAACAAGUGAAGUACUUUCAUUUCAAAUCGCAAUUCAAAUAUGAAAUGAAUGUGGCUGUAAAUAUUUAUCCUAAGAGUCUGCACAGAUUUUUGUACCAUGCCAAGAGUGUUCUGUAUUAGAAGUGGGGAAUGUGUAGUAGUGUACAGAAAAGUUAAUGUUAUGUGGUAAAAUAAGGACUAUCUCAGUAAAUGCAUUACAAUGUUGUUUUUAAAUGGCAAUAGGUUUAACAAAAGGAUGGGAUUCAUUGUUUUCUAUCUAUAAAAAUCUCAAGUGUGAAUUAGAAGAAUCUUCAGAAAAGAGACUACAGAUAUAUUUUUGAUCACUCCUUCUGAAGUCUUCAUUUAAAAACACUUCAGAUUACUUACCUCUGGUGCUUUGUGAUAUAACUUCCACUUUUUUUGUAUUUUCAGAAAUAUAAGAAAAUAGAACAAAGCCUUUUUUGAUAAAUUCUGUAGAAUAACGAGAUAUUUUAUUGUUUUAUUAUCUUUCCUAUGCAGCAUUGCACAAAAAAGAGUAUCAUUUGAAUUAUGUAGGCCAGUGAGUUUUAUUGAGCCUGAAUGCUGGUAUACUACACACACACACACACACACACACACACACACACACACACACACACACACACACACAGCUUUGCACUUUUUCAUCAGCUGCCUUUUUUUUUAUAGUCAUGCCUUAAUUAAAAUUUAAAAUAGGUGAGCACAAUGUGGGAAUCCUCCCCUUCUACCUAUCAAGCCUUCUAAAACUGUUAGGAUUCUUCUGAAUCUUGUGUUAAAUUGACAUGGCAAAUGCAGAAAUGCUGUUUGAAAAUGGUUCACUUUUUUAAAGUUUGGGUUGAAUGUGGUGUGAUGACAUGCUCUUUCAUGAGGGUUGGAUGGUGGCAGUGAGAACCAGGCCUUGUAUCUCAUUAUGGUAUAGACAGGCUGGAUGGAAACAUUUCCAUACCUUAGCUUGAUGGUUAUAUUUAGGUCACCAGAUACCAUUUGUCAUUUUUUAAAAGAGCAAAAACUUCUUGUUUAUUGCAGAAACUUUGACAUGGAUUUGUUUUAUGUACAACAAGAAGCAGAAGAUAGAGUGGAAGAAUAUUUUGAUAUUUUGAGGCAAGGUUUCUCUGUGUAAUAAUCCUGGUUGUCCUAGAACUUGUUUUGUGUAACAAGCUGGCCUUGAACUCACAGAGUCUGCCUCCCUCUGCCUCCCAGGUUCUGGGAUUAAAGGCAUAUGCCACCAAUGCCCAACUUCAAAUAUCUUAUUUAAUAUUUUCAAGAUUGCUAAGCAGAAAACUUAAUAAGCAAUUUUCAGUUGAUACUAACAAACAUCAAUGUUCUGUUUUUUAAAUAAUUUACCUUAGAAGAAUACUGAUAGGAGAGACUAUAGAAUGGAACACCUAACAUUUCCUGAGCUACAACCAGGUCAUGCCUUACAAACUUGUUCCAUCACAUGUUUAUGAUAGCAUUGCCACUGAUGUUUAUAAAUUAUUGAGAUUUCACUUGAAAUAUGAGACUUGGAGAUAAUGUUCCUAGUGACAUAACUAAUAAAUAAUGGCUCUAAAUUACAGCGUUUCUGCAUGACAUUAGCAUUCUGUCCCAAUUGGUUCAAUAUCCUGCCCUAUUAGAUUAGAAGAAAAGAUUUACUCCCUAACUAGGAAUCAACCAAGAAAUGUUUAGUUGAAUUUCACCAGACAACAGGGCAAAGUAGGAUUAGAUGAUUAUAGUAGGUAAAGAUAGAAGAGGAAGGGGAGAAUCAGUUCUUAUGGACUUAGGCAGGGCCAGUUUUAAUUGCUUUGUGCCAUUUCCAUCUCCUGGUUGGCCUCUGAAAAUAAGAGGAACCAGGGUGAGUUGUAACAUUUGGGGCUCUGAGGAAGAAAAAGAUGUGGAGGGGGAGAGAAGUCCGAUGUUGUAUAUUUACAAUAAUCUCAGGAAGGACAUCCAUUUAGAUAAAACUACACUUCACAAAAGCUAGUGCAUGCUUCAUGAUAUGCAUGGCACCGGAUGCUAUAGGCUGGAUUUCAGCACAGAGCCUGUGUUUUAGUCUAGCAUUCUGCACCUGGUCACUUCAUAUCUGCUUUGAAGUGUUAAUUAUUGCCUUACUCUUUUGCUCAUUCUCUUAUUAUAAACUACAGAUGUACACUGGUACCUACAGAGGAAUAAUAUUUUACGAAUAAGAAUGUAGAAUAGGUACCCAGUUUCACAUCAUUACAAAAGAAGCUUUAUAACCUCCCCUUGUAAUUGAGGAAAUUGCCAAGUUUUGCAGUUCUGGUCUAAUUUGGUCAGAAAUGUAAGCCUGACGACCUUGAGACUGACCAGACUCCUUCCUUGUCACAAGAAAGGAGCCAAUGCAUAGAAACUGUGACUUAAAAACAAGCUUUAAGAAUACAUAUUUCCUUAUAAUUAGACCAGAAGUUCAUAUGUAAGUUUAGUGGCACUUAAUAGAGCAACUUCUAUAAUUUCUGAAAAUACAGUUAGCUUGUAGAAGCAUCCUUUUAAAUUGUUACUGGUAUCUUCUUUGGGAAUGGGAAGUGGAGGAUGGUUUAUUCCAUCUGCCUGAUAGAUAAUUUAGCCUUUUACAAUACAGAUUUAUUCUCCUCGAUCUCUUUUUUUAUUAUCUUCCUUCUAAUGUCUUCCGUUGGAAGCACCCUUAUGUCUGAAUAUGUACAUAGUUUUCCAAAAUAUCUUAACCAAGAAACUCCCCACUUUUAAGACUGAGAAAACACAUAAUACUUCAAAAAAUUAGCCAUUGUUACAGCUUUCACUAGAUAUUUCUCACAUUUGGUGGAUACAAUUACAGACAAUAUGUUUUCUCUUUUACUUUCCAUUCUAAUAUUGGUAGAAAGAUGUUACUUAUAAGUAUUUUGAUAUUAAACUUUGGCAAUGCACUUCUUCCUCUACAUAGGGCUUUAGUUUCUAAACAGAAGUACAAGGAACUGAAUGUGAUUCCUAAGUGGCCCUUGACAAGUAGCAUAUUAGCACAAGAGAUACUUAUCCUAAUAUGUGAAUAUCCUUCCACUGUAAUGGCAUAGCCAGACCUUGCCAUGGUGUGUUAAAUUAUGGGUACAUGUCAGUCUUUGCCUGUGAAUAAAUACGGACAAAGGCUGAACUUUGGGUGCAUUCAGUUUCACUUUACUCAAGAACUAUUUGGUGUCACUAUUAUUCCAUGGAUACUUUUGUUUUAUGAAUAUCUGUUGUCUUUUAAUGUGCCUUUAGCUAAGGGGUUUAAAGUAGAACCAUUGUUUUACAUUAACUAAACUCAUGAUUAAUGUGGGAUUUUGUUUUAAAAAAUUACAGUCUCAGUGAUGAAAUUAUAAACAAAUCAAUGUAUUAGCUUUUAUACACAUAGAAUAUUACAAAAAUAUCUUAUUCCAAAUUAACUCUUUGAUUAAUAAUGAAUAUUAAAUAAUUUUGUACAAAUACUAUAUUGUUGAGUUUUUUAUCAUUAUACUUUAGAUUUCUUUGUUCAUGUACAUUCCUCCAUUAGAAACUAUAAUCAGGGACUUAGAUGAUAAUUUAUUGCAAGUAUUUCUCAGGGGUCAAGCUGAUGGAUCAGUGGAUAAAGCACUUGAUGCACAAAAAUGUGAGGGACAGAGUUUUGAUCCCCACCACCCACAUAAAAGCCAGAAGGGUGUAGUGUAAUCCCAAUGCAGGAGGAAAAGACAAUCUGGGAGGAGCCCAUGGACAAGCUGGCUAGCUAGACUUGCUCAAUUGAUGAGCUCUACACUCAGUGAAAGGCUCCACCUCAGAAAAUGAAGCAGAGACUGAUCUAGGAGACACGAUGUCAACUUCUGGCCUCCACACGCACAUGCAUGUGCCUGCAUGAACAUUUACAAGCAUGAACUUCAACACAUGCAAAACAACCUCUAAAAUGCAUUUGAUAAACUCAUCUUUCAUAUAGAAUUUUAUCCAUAAUUGAUAAACAUUAACAAUACUUUUCACUGUACAUGUUCAUUUAGUCAAGAAUGGGCCAUGUGCAUGAAGUAAUGUAUACAAAUACCUAUCCCAUCACUCUGAAGCUAUAAAGUUUGCCUCUAUCAAGAACUUAGCAGAAUGGAUUUUUUUCACUAUUUAUCCUCUGGGACUGAAAUUACAGAUGGCUGUGAGCUUCCGUGUGUGCUGGAAAUUUAACCUAAGUUUUCUGGAAGAGCAACCAGUGCUCUUAGUCACGGAGCCAUCUCUACAGCCCUCUUCCAGAUCUUUAGGUCCUUGAACAAUUGUGUAUAUCUUCAGUGCAUUGCUGUUCUUGAAUUUCUCACCUUUGCUGCAGCAUCAAGGUGCUGAUUUCCAGCUAUAAUUCUUUCACAUAUUGCAUGGAAUUUACUUGCUUGUUCACUGGCAUUAAAUAUUAUUGUUGUGUA